AUGCAAGUCGCACUCGGCUGCGCGUCCAACCCAACCCUCGUCCGCCGUCUCCUCCCGCCUUGCUCGUCUGCCUUUCCCCUCCUCCUCCGAGCACCGCCGGAUGCCCGUCGUCGCCGCAGCCUAUCACCGCUUCCCCUGCUCCCGUUGGCCUGCUGGCGGCUCCGUCGCCAACACCAUCCCUCCCCGUGCUCCCACACACACCAUUCCCGCUUCUCCUUCACACCGCCUCGCCCGUGCGACACCUUUUCGCGCCUCAUGCUCUGCUCCGCGCGACCUGUCGCCGCCGGUCUUGGCUCAGUCUCACCGACUAUCGCCGAGACCGAAGUCGAUCGUCUGCCUGGCCGUCCGAAGUCGUCGGCGAGCGAGCCCUCGUGUUCCCUGCCCUCCCUACCCCAUGGCGCCAACCCUUACCCUCGACCUCUCGCGACUCCGUCGAUGGCGAUGUCGCGCCCUUGCCUCGCCGCCCUACCUGACCCGUCAUGUCUUGAAUCGCCGACGCAUAUGACCCCCUUUGCUCCCUCGCGAGCCAGCGUCAUGGCCGACACCCUGUGGCUGACCGAGCGUUUUCAGCUAUGCCUGGCACAUUACUGCGAUACCCACGGUCCGACCCCCUUGAUGGUCACCGAGGGUCUGCGAAAUCCGUGCUCCGUCUGCUUCGAGGAUCCAACCACGGCCGCCGCUCCGCCGGCCAAGCCGAGGGACGACGGCCCGCUCUCGACGGCCCCGGCAUCCUCGCCGCACCCGCCGCCGCCGACGCCGACGCCUGCUCUCGGCGAUGCCUUGCGCGACAUGAAACUCGGCCGCGCCGUGCCCGUGCCCGUCGCCGACCGAGAUGCUCGCCCGCCGCGGGACGCCCAGCGCCGGAACCCUGCCGCCGUCCCUGCGACUCCUCUGGAGUCUCCUCCGGACAACGCCCAUCCGCUCUUCCAUCAGCCCCGCCGCGAUUCUAGCUUCCGACGAACCUACGACGAGACCGUCACCAAGAGGCAAGGGCCCUGCGACAGCUGCGCCAUGACCCUCCCGCGCCGCCAGGGAGCCGCCGCCGCCGCCGCCGCCGCCGGCAGCGGUUACACCAGCCCUGCCCAAGGGCCGACGCUUCGCACCCGCACGCCCAUCGAGCGCGUCUUUGGCGCUGCCGGUCACGCGUCGCCCCCGAAUUCGCAAUCCUCCAGCGACACGGACGGCUCGAGGGCCGCCACGAGACGCAUCCGCGACCGAACCGACGCGCCGCCGUCGAGCUCGCGGACCACGUCGUGCUCCAGCACCUCGACCUCGGCGUCCUCGGACCGAUCCGCCCAUCAUUUCCACUACAUCAACUACACGUCCACCCACGAGCCCAUGCUCGCAGACUCCUUCUCCCUCGUCCGUGCCUCGUGCCUGAGGGCCCUUUCCUUCGAGACCCUUCCGCGCGCGCCCUCGACGUCGGCGCCCGCCUCCUCUCCCCAGCUCACCAGCUCGCCCUCGUGCGUCACGACGCAGAGCGCCGGCGUCGCCGCCAGCGGAGGCGCUAUCUUCUUCGGCGACGUCAUGGCAGGCUACACGACGGCCUACAUCUUUCGCAUUCCCGACCUUCACGCGCGAGGCCACAAGCGCAUCUACGCCUUCCUCGCCCUGAGCACGGAAAAGGAACGUCUCGCGAUGAAGACGUUCGCCAUGAUCUCGGCGGCCUUCCGGGACCUCGCCACCUGGAUCCAGCAACUCGCCGAGGCCGAGGCCGAGCGGGCGAGGGAAUCGUCCCCGAUCGGGAGCGUCAUGAACACGGGACCCGGUACGCCCCAGCUGCAGUCGUCGGCCUUUGAUCCGCCGCCGCCCGUCGAUCGCGGCGGCAGCAGCUUUCUCACUGGCGGCAGCGGCUUCUCCAGGCGCAUGGGCGGUCCCGGCGGCGCCUCCUCGCUCAAGGCCCGCGGCCUUGCCGAGCUUGUCGGCCAGCCCGACUUCUUCAUUGAGCUGCACGGAAAAUUUGUUCGCCUGCUCCUGGAGGCCGGCAUCACCAUGAACUCGUAG